GUUUUUUGCUACUUCGACAAGUCAAAAGCUUUCCUAAAAUUUUUAAGAUUUUUAAAAUUUUUACGCGAUGCCUUUAAAAGCUGGCGAAGUUAAUCUCGGGACUACGGUUAUGGCAGUUAAAUUUGGUGAUGGGGUAAUUAUCGGAGCAGAUAGUCGUACAACAACUGGAGCUUACAUUGCCAAUCGAGUAACAGACAAAUUAACACCAGUUCAUGAUAAAAUUUUCUGUUGUCGUUCCGGUAGCGCAGCCGAUACACAGGCGAUCGCUGAUAUUGUCCGUUAUUACUUAGAGAUGUUCGCGAUAAAAGAUGGAGAGGACCCAACAGUACAAUCCGCUUCAGCUUUGUUUCAAGAAUUAUGCUAUCAGAAUAAAGAUAAUUUGACUGCUGGUAUUAUUGUUGCAGGAUGGGACAAAUAUGAAGGAGGUUCCGUAUAUAUUAUUCCUCUAGGAGGGUCUUUGCAUAAACAACCAUUUGCAAUUGGAGGAAGUGGUUCUACAUAUAUCUAUGGUUAUUGUGAUACUGCUUACAAAGAAGGAAUGACUCGAGAAGAAGCUAUAGAAUUUGUCAGAACUGCUAUUGCACUGGCGAUUUCAAGAGAUGGUUCUUCGGGUGGAUGUAUCCGAUUAGCUGUAAUCACUCAACAGGGUGUUGAAAGGAUAUUUACUCCUGGUGAUAAAUUACCUAAAUUUUGGCAAGAUGAAUUAAAAUUAUAAACAAUAAAUAACUUGUUGGCAAGAUAAAUUUUUUUUAGUUUUGAAUGAGAAUUAAUAAAAUAUUUAAAAUUGAAUG